UCCUCGUCCUUUUAUCUCCAAAAAUGUUGCCCAAAGUUGAAAGUGAAGUCAAAUUAUGGCUUGCAACAGCCUUAAAAACCCAAAAUUUAUCAAAUUUCUCCGUAAAAAUUGUGGAAAAUUCGGACAAAAGUGGUGAAAUAAUUUUCGUGCACCUCUCAACCCCCCACCAAGACUACAAUCUAGCGUUAAAAAAACACCAAAGUCUGAAACAUGAAACGUUCCUCUACGAAACACUCCUACCAACUUUCAUCAACUUCCAAAAAGAAAAAAAUUUGGGGGAAAUCUUCAACAGUGUGGCCAAAUUCUACGGCAGUUACAAGAAUGAAACAGUCCACGUGAUCGUUCUUGAAGAUUUGAAGAAAUUGGGGUACGAAAUGUGGCCACUGAAAAAACCCCUGAAUCGCCAACAUAUCGAAUUUGUGAUUUGCGAGUAUGGAAAACUUCACGCAACUUCAGUAGCGCUGAAAAUCUUCAAACCUGAAAAGUUUCAAGCGCUUGUAACMACGRUGAAGGAGAAUUUCACACCAAUGACGAGAAUUGUGCAAAAUUCYGGAGAGUUACUCAGAGGUGAAGUGGAUGAAACUACAAGAAGGAAAUUCACAAACUUGGCUGAAAAAAUCCCUGAAAUUACAAGUGAGGAAAGAUUUCYAGUUGUGUGRCAUGGGAAUUGCAAUUUUAUGUACAAAUAUUACGGUGAGCGAAGAAAUGUUCCUGAAAAAGUCGCGUUUAUUGAUUGGCAAAACGCCACAUUUGCGACACCAGUUUCAGAUUUGUCGUAUUUCCUCUUCAGUUGUAUUUCAGAAGAGGAUUUUCAGCACUUGGACGACAUUUUGAACGUUUAUCGUCUGGCGUUCUCAAAUCACCUGAAAGAUUUCGGGUUGGAUGCUGAAAAAUUGUACCCACUAGAGCGGUUUUCAGCCGAUUGGAAAACUUGUGCUAAGUAUGGACUUGUAAAGGCAACGAUGGUUUAUGCUGAAAAAGCUGAAAUUUUUCUCUCUGAAAUUAGGGAUAAAAAGGGGUACAGGAACCGGAUUGGGUACCUCGUGAAAAAUGCCGCCAAAUAUGGAUUACUAGKCUAGAUUAGAUAAAAACACAWUUUUUCCAUUUAUUAAAAAUUGURAAGUAAGA